CACCCCACUACAGACCCCACACGUACACGCACACGUACACACACGCAAUCAUGUCCCAGACUACCGUGACGAUGAAGGGCAACCCGGUGCCGCUCACCGGGAGCCUCCCCGCUGUCGGCGACAAGGCGCCCGAGUACACGCUGGUGGGCACCAACCUGGCGCCGGUCACCCCGCCUGCCGGCAAGACCGUCAUCUCGGUCUUCCCCUCGGUGGACACGCCGACGUGCGCGGCCUCGGUGCGCCGCUUCAACCAGGAGGCUUCGUCGCGCGAGGGCGUCACCGUGCUCUGCGUCUCCAAGGAUCUGCCGUUUGCCAUGGCCCGCUUCUGCGGCGCCGAGGGCCUCGACAACGUUGUCUGCGGCUCGGCCUUCCGUUCCGACUUUGGCCACGCGUACGGCCUCGACUUUGCCGCCGGCCCGCUCGAGGGCCUCCUCGCUCGCGCCAUCGUCGUCGUCGAUGCCGAUGGCAACGUCGUCCACACCGAGCUUGUCCCCGAGGUCGGCGAUGAGCCUGACUACGCCGCAGCCCUCGCCGCCGUUGAUGCCCUCUAGGUCUGUUGAUCGUGCUGAUGGUGGUGGGUGUGACGGGGGGGCUCGGCUCACCCGCAACCUGCUCUCCACCCUGAAGCACAGCCUUCGACAUGAUCUUCACAAGAGAUAGAGAUGUUUGACCGCCCACGCGCCUCCCUCCCCUCCUCCAAUGCUCUCACCAUUUGUCACCCACCCCGCUGACUGCCACACUACCUGCCCACUGGUAGGCGCAGCCUUGUGUGACGAUCGCUCCUGAGCGCAGGCGGUGCAUUAUCGUCAGCUAAACUGUUUCGCAUCGG